AUGAAGGAGUUCGUGCAAUACCUACCCGACAUGGACCUCGUUUUCAAUAUCCACGACGAGCCUCGAGUCGUCGUCCCGAGCGAUGAUCUCCCGAGACUGGUCAAUCUCGCGAAAGGCCAUGUUCUCCCCAAAUCCUUUCAGAAUCAGUCGCCGAAGAAUUCAUGGUCUUCUCGGCCGAAGGACCUAAACAAGGGCGACCGCAUUGAUGGGAUGCGCAAGACACGCUUUAAUCACACCUCCGUAUACAUUCUAAGAAAAAAGGUGGAGCAAGGAUGCUGUUCCCAGCUGAAAAUUCCUAACUAA